CAAAAUACAUCUCAUGUUGAUUGACCUAGCUAUAUCACACGUGCAUCACCGUACGUGUCAUUGCUGUCAAGAUUCCAGUUGCUCAUCGCCAACUACAUCAAUGAAAGCUAUUUCCGAGCCUCAUGAUCCCUUUCGAUGCUCGAGCCGAAUUAAUAUAUUUGUAUGGAUGACAUCGCAGCAGUCCAAUCCACUUUUUUGCACCAAUAUUUUAGUUGAUUGAUGCGCUUAUGCAGGGUGUCAUGGCAAUGAACCAACAAACAUUUUGUCAGGUAUCUGACUUUUUCCCGUUUCAUUAACAUUACGAGAUGAUAUUAUCAGCGAUGGUUCUUCUCUUUGCCUCUUGAAUUGACAAUUGCAUUAUGAGAUGAUGUAAUAAUAAUUUUUCUGUCUGGGAUUCAUCAGCACAUAUGCUGAUAUUUUUGGAUUAUCUUAUUGCCGGUAAUCAUCUUGAACUGUAGCAAUGAUGACAGAAAGCUGGUCGCUGUCGGAGAAAGCAACUCAUGGCAGCAAAUGCAAGGCUGGAAGGGAAUUUGACCGGCUAAUUCUUGCUCUAUAUAUAAUAGAAGCUCUAGGAGUUGGUUUAAACAACUUCGAAGUUUGAACUGUAUUACAUCACCCAUUAUUCACAUCAUUAAUGUAGGCUUUCUUCUGCUAAAGGGGAAGAUCAAAGAUGGAUGUUUUGAUUGGAACCUCCAAGGCUUCUUGCCAUGUUCGCUCCAUCAGUUUGCCUUCAGAAUCCCAUCCCCUAACUCAGAGUGUUAAGGUGCGGUUGGGAAGGUUGAGAUCCUCAAAAGAAACAUCCUUAUUGAAUUGCCAAGGAUUAAGUGGCCUCCUCAAGAGUUUAUACGAAAGCGUGGACGAUUUUCUUCAAUUGCCACUCACCUACCAAGCUAUCUCAAAUGUGCACCAUCAAGGAUCGGUGGAUGAGGUCCUGGAUAGAUCUCUCAGGUUGCUAGAGGUGUGUGGCGCAACGAAAGAUAUCUUUUCACAGAUGAAAGAUUGCUUAAAGGACCUGAAGUCCUCCAUCCGGAGAAAGAGAGGAGAAUCUAGCUUGGCAGGAGAUAUCGAAGCAUUUAUGAUCUCUAGAAAAAAAAUGAAGGAAGUGAUCUCUAAGUCCAAGUCCUUUAGAAGUUUGAAGACAAUGGAGAAGGAUAUAUCAGUAGCCCAAGACAAAGACACAACCUUAGUGACCCUAACAAGAGAAGUUGAAGAGAUCAGUGUUGCUGUGUUUGCAUCCCUCUUGUCUUCUAUUUCUCUGACACCAAAAUCAAAGGGAAAUGGCUGGUCAGUUGUUUCAAAACUACUCAAGUCCAGAAGAACAGUUGAUGCCAAAGAAGUUGGAAUGAUAAAUGCCGAGGUUCUUCCCUGGAGAUCAAGCAAAGACAUUAGUCUUGUACAGGUCCAAAACUUAUUGAAACAUUUGGAGGCAUCACAGUCAAGUAUUCAAGAAGUAGAAGAGGAGUUGGAGUUCGCCUACAGGCUAUUACUGAAAACUAGAGUCUCUCUCCUUAACAUUCUCACCCACUAG